GCCAACGACAGCGAGUGGGACAUAUAGAUAUACACGAUGCCUCCCAAGAAGCAGGACCAGAAGUCGGAGGGCGGCCAGGAACAUGGCGCCAUCUUCUCCAUCUCCGGUCCCGUCAUCAUCGCCGAGAACAUGAUUGGAUGUGCCAUGUACGAGCUUGUCCGUGUUGGUUAUGACAACCUUGUGGGUGAGGUUAUUCGAAUCGAAAACGACAAGGCCACAAUUCAAGUCUACGAAGAGACUGCUGGUGUGACCGUUGGCGACCCCGUCUACCGUACCGGACAGCCGCUAUCUGUCGAGCUCGGCCCUGGUCUUAUGGAGACCAUCUACGACGGUAUUCAGCGUCCCCUCAAGGGCAUUGCCGACGACGCAAAGAGCAUCUACAUUCCCCGCGGUAUUGAUCUGCCUGCUCUCGAUCGUAAGAAGAAGUGGGACUUCACACCGGGAUCGCUCAAGGUCGGCGACCACAUCACUGGUGGUGAUGUCUUUGGUACCGUCUUCGAAAACAGUCUUCUCAGCGAGCACAAGAUCCUCCUGCCUCCCCGCGCAAAGGGCACCAUUACUCGCAUCGCCGAGAAGGGCAGCUACACGGUUGAUGAGAAGAUUUUGGAGCUGGACUUCAAUGGCACCAAGACUGAGUACAGCAUGAUGCACAAGUGGCCCGUCCGAGUGCCCCGCCCCUCCAACGAGAAGAUGUCCUCGGACCAGCCGCUCAUCGUCGGUCAGCGUGUGCUCGACUCCCUGUUCCCCAGUGUUCAGGGUGGUACUGUGUGCAUUCCUGGUGCCUUCGGAUGCGGCAAGACUGUCAUUUCUCAGUCUCUGUCCAAGUUCUCAAACAGCGACAUCAUUGUAUACGUUGGUUGUGGUGAGCGCGGAAAUGAGAUGGCUGAAGUCUUGAUGGAUUUCCCCGAGCUCACCAUCACUGUCGACGGCAAGCAGGAGCCCAUUAUGAAGCGUACCACCCUCAUUGCCAACACUUCAAACAUGCCUGUGGCUGCCCGUGAAGCUUCCAUUUACACUGGUAUUACGGUUGCCGAGUAUUUCCGCGAUCAAGGUAAAGACGUCGCAAUGAUGGCAGACUCAUCGUCACGAUGGGCAGAGGCGCUUCGAGAAAUUUCCGGUCGUCUGGGAGAGAUGCCUGCUGACCAAGGUUUCCCUGCCUACCUGGGUGCUAAGCUUGCGUCUUUCUACGAGCGCGCUGGACGCGUUGAGGCUCUGGGUAGCCCUGAGCGAUACGGUAGUGUUUCAAUCGUCGGUGCCGUCAGCCCGCCAGGAGGCGAUUUCUCUGAUCCCGUUACUACGAGUACACUGAACAUUGUGCAAGUCUUUUGGGGUUUGGACAAGAAGCUGGCUCAGCGAAAGCAUUUCCCAUCAGUCAACACUUCGAUCAGUUACAGCAAGUACACCACACCUCUGGACAAAUUCUAUGCGAAGAACAACCCCGACUUCCCACGGCUCCGUGACCGCAUCAAGGAGCUUCUGACGACAUCCGACGAUCUCGACCAAGUCGUGCAGCUUGUGGGUAAGUCGGCGCUCGGUGACAGCGACAAGAUCACGCUCGAUGUGGCUACACUACUCAAGGAGGACUUCUUGCAGCAAAACGGAUACUCGGACUACGACCAGUUCUGCCCACUAUGGAAGACAGAGUGGAUGAUGAAGAACAUGAUGGCUUUCCACGACGAAGCGCAGAAGGCAGUUUCUCAAGGACAUUCAUGGCCCAAGAUCCGAGACGCUACUUCAGACAUUCAAUCGCAGCUUCGCUCGAUGAAGUUUGAGCUGCCCAGCGACGGUGAGGAGGCGGUCACGAAGAAGUACGAGCAGCUGCUACAGAAGAUGACUGAGAAGUUUGCAUCUGUGGUUGACGAAUAGAUGUAUGUGGCUAGAUGCGACAGUCUUUUUGUUGGUUGAUAAUCGCGGCAACUGAGUACAAUACACAUUCUAUGUUCGUUGAGAUGUGUACACUAGACUGAUGUGGUGUGAAAAUGAGAUGAUAUGAAAGAUUUCUAACACGCGUAUUGACUGCACCGUAUGUCACCAAGUCAGAUACGUACAUUAUCUAUGUAUCAAGUCAAACCUAUCCUCUUUUGUAAAGUCGGGACAGAAAGCCGUACU